GUAACCAAGAGGAGAGAGAGAGGAGAGAUCUGCACUCCCACUCUCACACCGUAUAUAAACAGAAACAAAACACUGCUUUCGGAAAAUCCCCCUCUCACACACACACCGACACACAGUAAUCUGUAUAGUUGAAAGAUAACAGAUCUCUCUGCAAUGGCGCAGCCGCUGGUGAAGAAAGACGACGACCGCGAUGAUGAAGUGGAUUACUCUCCAUUCCUGGGAAUUGAGAAGGGUGCGGUAUUACAGGAAGCUAGAGUUUUUAAUGACCCUCAAUUGGAUGCGAGAAGAUGUUCACAGGUCAUCACGAAGCUUCUGUAUCUUCUUAAUCAGGGUGAAAUAUUCACAAAGACUGAAGCUACAGAAGUAUUCUUUUCCGUCACAAAGCUAUUUCAGUCGAAAGAUAUUGGUUUGAGAAGGAUGGUUUAUCUUAUUAUAAAGGAGCUAUCUCCCUCUUCAGACGAGGUUAUCAUUGUCACAAGCUCCCUAAUGAAGGACAUGAAUAGUCGCACUGACAUGUAUCGAGCUAAUGCUAUCCGUGUACUUUGUCGAAUUAUUGAUGGAACACUUUUGACCCAAAUUGAAAGAUACCUAAAGCAGGCUAUUGUGGACAAAAAUCCCGUUGUUGCUAGUGCUGCACUUGUGAGUGGUAUCCAUCUGCUACAGACAACUCCUGAGAUAGUCAAAAGAUGGAGUAAUGAAGUACAAGAAGCUGUUCAAUCUCGAGCUGCACUUGUACAGUUCCAUGCACUUGCUCUGCUCCACCAAAUACGGCAAAAUGAUCGUUUGGCUGUUAGCAAGUUGGUUAUCAGCUUGACAAAGGGGACUGUUCGUUCUCCUUUAGCUCAAUGCCUUUUGAUUCGCUACACUAGUGAGGUUAUCAGAGAGUCAGGUGUUAAUACACAAACAGGAGACCGGCCGUUCUAUGACUAUCUCGAGGGUUGUCUACGUCACAAAGCUGAAAUGGUUAUCUUUGAAGCAGCUAGGGCAAUCACAGAGUUGAGCAAUGUGACUACCAGAGAGCUAACUCCUGCCAUAACUGUGCUGCAACUUUUCUUAAGUUCUUCUAAGCCCGUCCUAAGGUUUGCUGCUGUCCGGACAUUGAAUAAGGUGGCAAUGACACAUCCCAUGGCUGUAACCAAUUGUAAUAUAGACAUGGAAAGCUUGAUCUCGGACCAGAAUAGAAGUAUAGCAACUCUUGCUAUUACCACUCUACUGAAAACAGGCAAUGAAUCUAGUGUUGAUCGCUUGAUGAAACAGAUCACAAACUUUAUGUCUGAUAUUGCUGAUGAAUUCAAGAUCGUUGUGGUAGAAGCUAUAAGAUCAUUGUGUCUGAAGUUCCCCCUUAAGUACAGAUCUCUGAUGAAUUUCUUAAGCAAUAUCCUGAGAGAAGAAGGUGGGUUUGAGUACAAAAAGGCCAUUGUUGAUUCAAUUGUCAUCUUAAUUAGAGAUAUUCCAGAUGCCAAAGAAAAUGGAUUGCUGCACUUAUGUGAAUUCAUAGAAGAUUGUGAAUUCACGUAUCUUUCCACCCAGAUUCUCCACUUUAUUGGAAAUGAGGGACCCAAGACAUCAGAUCCGAGUAAGUAUAUUCGGUAUAUCUACAACCGAGUAAUACUUGAGAAUGCUACUGUUCGAGCUAGCGCUGUUAGCACACUGGCCAAAUUUGGUGCCAUGGUUGACUCGUUGAAACCUCGCAUAUUUGUUUUAUUGAGGCGUUGCCUUUUCGAUACUGAUGACGAGGUUCGAGACAGAGCUACACUAUACUUGAAUACCCUUGGAGAUGGUUCAGUUUCAGAAACUGACAAAGAUGUUAAGGAAUUUUUGUUUGGCUCGCUAGAUAUACCACUAACAAAUUUCGAAAUUAGUUUGAAAAACUAUAUUCAGAAUCCUGCAGAAGAGCCUUUCAAUAUUAAUUCUGUACCCAGAGAAGUUAAGUCCCAGGCUCUUACCGAAAAGAAAGCCCCUGGUAAGAAACCAACUGGGUUGGGUGCACCACCUCCUCCCCCCACCUCUGCAGUUGAUGCUUAUGAAAGGCUUCUAUCCUCUAUCCCUGAAUUUGCAAGUUUUGGAAAGCUUUUCAAGUCAUCAGCACCUGUGGAACUUACAGAGGCAGAAACUGAAUAUUCAGUUAAUGUUGUCAAGCACAUAUUCGACCGACACGUGUUGUUUCAGUAUAACUGCACGAAUACCAUACCAGAACAGCUACUUGAAAAUGUGACUGUUAUAGUAGAUGCUUCUGAAGCUGAGGAGUUUUCUGAAGUAGGAACCAAACUUUUGAAAUCUCUUCCAUACGAUACACCAGCACAAACAUUUGUGGCGUUUGAGAAACCUGAAGGUGUCCCUACUGUUGGAAAAUUCUCAAACGUGUUGAGGUUUACUGUUAAAGAGGUUGAUACCUCUACUGGUGAGGCUGACGAUGAUGGUGUGGAAGACGAAUAUCAGCUCGAGGAUUUCGAAGUUGUUGCUGCAGAUUAUAUUCUUAAAGUUGGAGUCUCUAACUUUAAAAAUGCAUGGGAAAGCAUGGGCCCUGAUAGCGAGCGUAUAGAUGAAUAUGGUCUUGGGCCUAGAGAUAGCCUCGUUGAAGCUGUCAAUACAGUCAUCAAUCUUCUCGGCAUGCAGCCCUGUGAGGGCACGGAGGUUGUACCAAACAACUCAAGAUCACACACAUGUUUAUUGUCGGGUGUAUACACAGGAAAUGUGAAGGUGCUCGUACGGUUGUCAUUUGGAAUAGAUGGGUCGAAAGAGGUGGCAAUGAAGUUAGCAGUGAGAUCUGAGGAUGAGAAUGUCAGCGACGCGAUUCACGAAAUUGUUGCCAGUGGGUAAUUUCUCUAUUCCAUGCCUUUUUGCUUUGUAUUUUUUCAGUCGAGCGGCACAGUAAUUUUUAUUGUGGAAAAAUGAAGUAUAAAUAGAUAUUUUUUUGGGGGUCCAUGAGUUGAAUUUGAUAGAAAAUUGUUCUUUAGAUUUUUAUAUAUUUUUGGUUCAUUUCCUUCUGAAUAACAAUAAUUCUGUUGGACCUUAUUUUAUUUGAAAACUGUAUUAAGUAUAAAUAAUUUCUAUAUUUUCCUCCUCA